AUAUAAAGUUAUCAUAUAAUCCGAUCAAGAGCUAAAACAAACAUGGAUGGCUUCAAAAUAGUGCUAGUCACUGGCAGCGCAAAAGGUGGCAUUGGCUAUGAGUAUUGCAAGGCAUUUUCUGAGCAAAAUUGCCAUGUUAUUGCUUCCGACAUCCCUCAACGCUUGGAUGACAUGAUAGACUUUCAAGCCAAGAAUAUCGAGACACUAGGACUCGAUGUUUCGUCCGACGAAAGCGUCUCAUCGGCGGUGAACACUAUUAUAUCCAAGUAUGGUCGCAUUGACGUAUUAAUUAAUAAUGCUGGAGUAGGAAGUACAGGUCCUUUAGCGGAGCUCGAGCUAGACACAAUUAGAAAAGCUUGGGAAAUUAACACACUAGGGCAAUUAAGGUUGGUGCAACAAGUAGUGCCCCACAUGGCGGCUCAGCGCAGUGGUAGCAUAGUAAAUGUAGGGAGUGUUGUGGGGAUGGUUCCUACGCCAUGGGCAGGGUCUUACUGUGCUAGCAAGGCAGCAGUCCAUGCCAUGUCUAAUACCCUAAGAGUGGAGCUUAAACCUUUUGGAAUCAACGUGGUGCUAGUGGUUCCUGGUGCCAUAAGAUCAAAUUUUGGCAGGGCCACCUCGGAGAAGUUGGCAAAUUAUGAUUGGAAACUCUACAAGGAUUUCAAGGAGGCUAUUGCCGAGAGAGCUAGGGCUUCUCAAGCUGCAAAAGCAACGGAUGCUACAGUGUUUGCUAGACAUGUGGCCGCUAAAGUUUUGAGUCCUAAACCUCCUAGGCAAAUUGUAUUUGGUCAUAUGACUGGUUUGUUUGCUGUCCUUUCUUGGUCUCCUCUUUGGGUUAGAGAUCUUUUCUUUUCUGCUCGUUUCAAUGUAAAUAAAAGGAUCUAAAGCUACCUUUGAAAAAUCUAAAGCUACCUUUGAAAAUUUUUAUUCUUCAAUUGAAAAAAAAAGGUAGUUAGAACAUAACCCAUACGUCAAUUAUUGAAUGAAAGCUUGAGAAAAAGCAAUUAUUGAAUGAAAGAAGCAAAUAUAUCUCAAUAACGUAGAUGACCUCAGCUAGCUAGCUAAUCUAUUAAUUCUAUCCAUAUAAAUAUCU